UAUCCUCAGCUUCCCGAUGAACGAAGCAUCCGCCUGAUAAAGAUUCACGGUGCCGCAAGCCCGCUUGCAGAAAUACAUGUCGACCUAGUGGCAGUUCCCCUCGAUGGAGCGCCUUCUUAUGACGCUCUCUCGUAUUCAUGGGAUAAUCAACCUCUGGAUAAAGUCAUAUACGCCAAUGGCAGGAAAUUCCCUGUUACUAAAAAUGCACGAUCCGCUAUUCAGCGACUCCGCCUUACGGAAGGGCAAUCGAGAUACCUAUGGGUCGACGCAAUUUGCAUUGACCAGAAAAACAUUGCUGAGAAGAGCUCACAAGUGGCAAUGAUGGCUGAGAUAUACCAGAAAGCGACAAGGGUGAAUAUAUGGCUUGGUGAUGGCAAUGAUUCAAGUGAUUUCAUACUCAGGUGGUAUAGCUUUAUUACUUUGCCUUUUGCUCCAAUCUCCUGGAUAGAGCGCAAAGCAAUACGCUAUUCUUCUUCACCAGAGUGGCCUACUGAUUCCCUACUCGGAUUAACCCAUUUUCCUCAGGCACUUGCUGAACUUAUAAGCGGUGUUAUGGGAUCGUUUAUGCUUCCUCAUAUACCUAUGCCUAAAGAUGGAGAAGCCGAUUUAGAGUCAAGAACAUACUGGAAAAGAGUAUGGACGAUACAGGAGAGUAAUAUAAACCCGAAUUGUUUUGUUUAUUGCGGAUCGGCUGAGCCACUCCAUUGCGAAAUAUAUUUGAAAGCCGCCAUCAUAACCGCCCUCUUACAUGCUCGACUUGACCCAGAGUGGUUCCGAACCUAUGGCCUUCAUAUAUCUCCUCGCUCGGAUAAUCCCACGGGUAGCAGAAAAUAUGACGAAGCGCUUAUAUUAAGCAAUCUUUGCUACAAGCAAUCGACGUUGGCAGUUGAUAAAGUCUUCUCAAUGGGAUAUAUGCUGCCAGCGAGUUUUGGCACGAUUCAACAGGAUUACUCUUUGACAACUGCCGAGGUAUAUACAAAGGCCGGCCAUAGCCUCCUCAACGCUUACGGCAACGUCAAAUUCAUGCGGUUUGCUUGUCACAGCGACAGGAAUGAUGGAUUGCCUAGUUGGGUUCCAUCUUGGACAACCACCACCGUGCCCUGGUGGAUGGACGAGCAUUCAAAUGCCGAACCGCUUCCUUCGCCCGCUAUAUUUUCUAGAGGCUCUAACGAAAGUGUGCUCAAAAUCAAAGGGCUUCGAAUUGCUACAGUUACAGCUACAGCUGGCGUUCUUUUGCCAAAAGUAAGUGUGCAGAGAAAUAUGGUUCUGGAUAUUGGUUUUAAAGACGACUUUUAUAUGCCGAUUGCUUGCGCUAUACUUAAAACUUGGGUAGAGAAAGUUGGUGCAAUGGACAAAGGGGACGUAUACUUGAAUCAGUUCUUCACCAUGAUUAGUAACUCGAUCGGAUAUCGACCUGGGCAGGUUCGUCUAUCCACAGCUUUGGAAUCCUUUGAACUUGCAACAGAUCAUCGGUCUUACAGCAUCAAGCCGAGACCGUCAGUGAAACAAUCUGUGGAAUUCGAUCUCAUGCAGAUUAUGACUCAGGUUAGUGGGCAGUGUUGCUUCCUUACUACUACUGGGCAGGUUGGGCUGUCAAUAGCAGAGCCACGCAAAGGAGAUGAGGUUGUGCUAUUAACAGGCGAGUCGCUGCCAUAUAUUAUUCGCAAAAGCCUUGAUCGCCCGGGGAGUUAUAUACUAGUUUCGCCUUGUUUCCUCAGCAAUGGAAGAUUGACGAAGCCAUGGCAGAAAUGG